UUUGGACUGGAUUUGUUGUACAUGAGGAGGUGAGGUUGUUAUGGAACUAUUAUCUGAAUUCACAUGAUGCACCUGUUUUAACCUCCAACACCUGCGUUCUCUCUUGUGCGCAUGCGUUGGGAGGCGCAAGCGCGCCGAGUGGAAACAGGAGUGCCUGCAGCGAUAUCAUAUUUCCGGUAGGUGGCAGAAGUCGACAUCUGAAUCUCCCUAUUGAUAACAUGGAGCCCUGAGUGAGUGUUGAUGCCUUUACUUCAACACAGGGAGUCUAUGUAGGGACCACGGAUACAUUUGGUAUACAGCUCACGCGCUCUCGCAUCCAUCCGGUUGGCCGCUGCACGCACAUGAGCCAAGAAGACUGAUGGAGUAACAGCGGAUAACAGCGGAGCAUCUUCAUUCACACCAGCUGGUUUUCUUCAUGAACACCACCAUUCUGGAUAUUGGACUUCCGGAAGUUGGUUUGGAUGUGGCUAUGGGUUUUUGUUAUGGUAGCGCGCGAGCCGUGUGACAGGCCGUUAGAGAUGUAGGGUCCAGCGGGGACUGAAAUACGCGUUAGCUCGAGCCGGCCUCAAAACCCAAACAUGUCUAUCCGGAUGCCUUUACCCACUGUAAAUGAGCGAGAGACUGAAAAUCACACAUCCCUGGAUGGCUUUUCUACCAAAUUGGCGAGCCGCCAGAACCUGCCUCGCUGCAGGAACUCACUGAGCUCCAGUGUGGACGAGCAUCCGCAUAUCGGCAACUACCGCCUACACAAGACCAUCGGCAAGGGGAACUUCGCCAAGGUCAAACUGGCACGGCAUGUGCUCACUGGACGAGAGGUGGCUGUCAAAAUAAUAGACAAAACCCAGCUGAACCCCACUAGUCUACAAAAGGUAAGGUUUCUUAAAACAGUUCAACCAAAGAUUAAUGCUUCUUUCUACUCAUUAGAAACAUCUGCUUAGAAUAAUAACUGGGACCAUUAAAACCAGUCCUCUCUGAUGCAUGAUCACUUCUCCAUGCCGAGCAUUUGAAACAUCUGAAAAUUUGCUUCCUGCAUGACAAAACGGUCAAACAUUCCUCUGUGCUGAUUUCGAAGGCUCAGAACGGUCUCCUGGUGCCCCGUCUUUUAC